GAGAGCGAUACAAGGAGAGUUUCGAAGCAAUGUAGUAUAGAUUUCUUUAUACUAAGAAGCAAGAAGGCUACUGAUCAGAUCUGUAUGUGAAACAUACUACUGGCACCUGCCUAGGCAAUGAAGUACGCACUAUACUGGCUACACUUGACCAUUCCUUGCUCAGCCAGCUGGAUGCGUUCCUCGCCUCUGCUCUCCCUGCUCAGCCUGUGCACCCUCUGUCACUCGCAGAGUGUUGCUGGGAAGGUUCUGGAGAAAACCGUUGAAGAGUGGAUGCGAUAUAAAGAAGAUUGCUACCAAUGGAUGACAAGCACACCGCGCCCUCUAGGGCUGCACUGCAACCGUACUUUUGACAUGUAUGCCUGCUGGCCAGAUGGAACACCCGGGACUAUCACAAGCGUAUCCUGUCCCCAUUACCUUCCCUGGUUCCAGAAAGUGAAGAAUGGACUGGUAUCAAGACGCUGUGGUGUAGAUGGUCAGUGGGAGACGAUCAAUGGAACCCAGCCUUGGAGAAACUCAUCACAAUGCGAUGAUGAGUUGGAGGUGACAAGAGAUGAGGAGGUGACAAAGGACUUGUUACUUAGUUUUAGAGUCCUGUACACUGUUGGGUACUCAGUGUCUCUGUUGGCGCUCCUUUCGUCCUUGCUGAUCCUCACUAUGUGUAGGAAGUUGCGCUGUACGCGGAAUUACAUCCACACCAACCUAUUCUUCUCCUUUGCACUGCGUGGCAUCUCAGUCAUCGUGAAGGACGUUUUGCAGGAGAAGAGAUGGGGUAUGCAAAUCAUUGAUGUGUCUGACUGGGAGGUCCUGAUCAGCAACAAGGCUGCUGUCGGAUGUCGUACGGCACAAGUGAUAAUGCAGUACUGUAUUCUGGCCAAUCACUACUGGUUUGUGGUGGAAGCAGUCUAUCUAUAUAAACUGCUGAUUGGUGCCGUGUUUUCCGAGAAGAACAAUUACACCUUGUACCUGUACCUUGGAUGGGGGACUCCGGUGUUGUUUGUUGUUCCUUGGAUGACACUGAAAUAUCUGAAGGAGAACAAAGAAUGCUGGGCCCUUAAUGACAACAUGGCAUACUGGUGGAUAAUUCGCAUCCCCAUCCUGCUGGCUUCUGUGAUCAACCUUCUGAUCUUUAUGAGGAUCCUGAAGAUGAUAUUAUCAAAACUGAGAGCCAAUCAGAAAGGAUAUGCUGACUACAAGCUAAGAUUGGCCAAGGCCACACUGACACUGAUUCCUCUUUUUGGGAUCCAUGAAGUUGUGUUCAUCUUUGCCACAGAUGAGCAAACAUCAGGAGUUCUGCGAUAUGUCAAAGUCUUCUUUAACCUCUUCUUCAGCUCUUUCCAGGGUUUUCUGGUCUCUGUGCUGUACUGUUUUGCCAAUAAAGAGGUCCGGUAUGAGAUCCGAAAAAAAUGGCAGAUGUGGAAAAUGAACAAGGCGCCCUUGUGCCUUCGGUGACCCAUCAUAAUGAUAUUGGACGCUUUAUGUGCGCCUUUUGCCAUGGAACUGAGGGGGGGGGGGGGGGCUGGCCUAAACUAACAGAACUCCAUCCCAUUAAUACGGGGCAAGAAAGUGACAACUCUACUCUGGCUCUUAGGUCACUAUAACAAUGGUGACCAUCAGGGUAUUAUCAAGCACUCAAGUACGUUAGACUGCAAGACCGAGGCAUCGAGUGUUCACCAAUACAGAGAAUCAACACAACAUCUCCAAAGCCAUCCAACCAAUUGUACAGAAAUGUCACCAAAUGCCCGCCCCCUUCACUUGUAGACCUGGAAUACUUGAGCCAGUGGACAACUCUGUGAAGGAACAUGCUGGAGUCCGAGAGGGUUUCAUGGGAUGAAUGUUAUAUUUUAAAUUGUAAUUCUUAUCUGAAGUGUGCCAAUAUUUUUGUGAUUGGAUUCUCCGCACAAAAAUAGUUAAUUUUCCUGCAGUGAACUGAAACAAAGCUAAACUCAUGGAAGCAGGCUUAAAAUGAACGCCAGGAUAAGCAAAUAUUGUCUAAAUACAUUCGGCAUGUAAUUUCUUCCUUCAA